GACACACAGGUGAGACAACAAAACUCACCCUUCUUUUUCCUUUCGCCGCACGACACCAUACCCGUCUUUUUCAUACAUCUUCCUCUUUUGAAUCAGCAAGGGUGCCACUGCUUCGAAAACGUCAAACUUCGGUUGGCGUGCGCUUUCCCAAUCGUCUCCAAAAAACACGUGUACACCGGAAAAAGGGACCUGUGCGGCUGUAUUCUGUUUUGACCGCAGAUAUCUCUCUCUCUAUGCAGAUUCUACACCCACAGAUCAACACACCCCGCAGAAACAGAAAACUGCCUAUCAGUAGUGGCGGGGUCUUUCUUACAUCCCUUUUGUUUCUUUUAUCCCUCCCUCGUCCAUGUUCCGCUGGACGGCAGGCACAAAAGCACGUGCAGAUCGCGCGGCGAGGCAACACGGUCUCGGCGGCGGUCCUGGGCGGCUACUUCUCGCUUCUCGUCCUUUGCACACGGCGCCGCGUUCCUGCGCUUCUCCGUUGGCCACCAAAGCGAAGGCAGAACCACGACGUGCACCAUCAGGAGCUCAUAAAACCGUGUCCGACGAUUUGCACGAAACCCGCUCAGAAAUUGCUGCGGAAACAGAGCGUGGAGCACCUGCCGAGGAAGCCAAUCGAACCCAGAAACAAGCAACAUCUGAUGUUCUUUUCACAACGACAACCAGAGAGUCGCAAACCGCAGUGGAUGCCGCCGCUUCUUUGCCUGAGGUGCAACAACAGAUAACACCACCUCCCACCGCCGCAGCAUGCCGACCUCCUUCGUUAUCAGAAGAGCGACACGACGAGACCCUUUGCUCUCCACAUGCGAGCACGGCGACGUGUGUUUCAUCCCCCGUCCUAACGCUGCCUCUGUCUCUUCCGCCGUCUCGCUCCCCACAAGCACCGCCUGCGAACGCCGCAAAGAACGGUCAACCCUUUGUGUCGCUCUCCUCUCGUUCUCACGCAGACCGUCUUGUCCGUGCGAUGAUGAACGCAGCGCAGAAUGAAAGAAAACGACGCCGCGGCCACGAUCGUGGUAGCCACUCCCACCACCAUUCUCGUGUCGCGGACUUCUCAGGAAAGACAUCUUCAAUAGUCAGAGGUGAUCCAGUAGACGGAGAUGCGAGCGAGACGGAUGUUUGCAGUGUUGAGCAGGGAAGCAGCAGUCGCAGCAGCAGCGUGGCGCACUCGUUGGCGUCGGAGACGGCCAUGGACACCUACGGUGUGCUACAGCGGCUACGACAGCGGGUAGAGGCCGAAGAACGGCAACAGCACCGCCUGCCUCACAGUGAAUCCAUUCGGCCCGCCGAGACGGUGCGAGGUAAAUCGCACCGGUACGCCACGAAGCAACACAAUCGCAACGAUGCGCCGCUUCAAGCCACCAAACAUUGUAGCUCCAUCCGUGGCAGCACGUAUGCGGCGCCUCCGCCAGUAGUGUCGGUGGACUGCGUAUCAGUGCAAUUACCCUUGCGCGGAAGAGCACAAACACCAUCUUAUGCAACAAGCUCCUGGACGACUUCCACGGUGACGGCAGCAGGAUCCACAUCGUGCCCUCGCGUGGAGGGACAGCGACGGCGUCCAGCAUCCUUCGUAUCGUCGCAGCAGCAGCCGGCGUCUGCAAACCGCGUAGACGGCGUUGCUUCCGUGAAAACGUGGUGCAGCCGCAGCACUGGCGGCCGAGGCGAAUGGACCUCCAUCCCCAUUGCUCAAGGAGGAGCGUCGUGGGAGGCCGGGGUGGUGGAGGUGGCGGUAGACGCUCAGCACCACCACCGCCCCGAACGCGGCAAUAACGUCAGCUGCAGCAUCAGCGAGUGCGGUGAAUCGGUUGUUCCGGUGGAUAUGUCGUUGUUCCAAGAGGCUGCGGCCGUGAGAACUGGCUCGUUCUCUUCUGACCCUUUCAAGGAGAUGGGCAGCUGUCCGCCCAUGUGUUUUCCGGGGGGGACCGAUCAGCUCAAUAGUACGCGCGACGCGCCAUCAGUGAACCACUUUGACUUUGAUGACCGGCCUCUUGACUGGUCGCCGCAGCAGGCGUCCGCUUUCCAGGACGCAUCACAUUUCGCUGGGAAAGGUAGACAAGGCACACAUCUUUGGGCAAUGCCGUUGGCGGAAGCGGAGAGGUGGGCCGGCGGCGCUUCUUCCUUUUCGCCAUAUCCCCCUACCCGCGACGCCGUUUCUCCUGAAGCGAUACCUAGCAAUUGGCCCUUGCCCCCAGCAGCAUCCACUUCAGCAAAGUGUUUUGCAUGGAAUACGGAGCGGGGCGCGGCGGCGGACACUCCUGGUUUGGAAGUCGCCUUUCCAUACCCGCACACCGUCAAUCCUGCCUGUACGCCGCCUUCAAGCUUUCUGUGGCUGCCGUCCUCCUCCUCUCCGCAGAAUGCGAAUACAGCCGACGUGUGCCGGUACGAGAGUAGGGAGUUGCCUGAGUAUGGCGAAGCGUGGCCUUCAGCCGCCGCAGCACUCACCAGCGCUUCUUCUCGUGGAAUUGCUCCGUGGGCACCGGCGCCACCUCGUCAUGGCGCACAUCCGCAUCAACGCCAGCCGUGGUUCUCUCAGGACCACCCACCUCAGCCACAAAAGAGAAUGUCCCCUUUUCCUUUGUUUGUGCCGCAGCCCCAACACAACGCACCGAAUCCCACGCAAGCUCGUAUCACCGGCCGAGCAGCGCAGCGUGGCGGUGUUGGCCAGCAACGACGGCAGCAACGUCAAGCGCCGCCGCGUGCGCUAAAUGGGACGACGGAGCGCUGCCGCCGCUUUUGGGAACGGUGCCGUCACCCACCAGAUGUCCACCAGCCGCACCCAUCUCCGUUUGAUUGA